AUGCAGCACGUCCCAGAGUCACGUCAACAGACCUUCGAGGAGAUCUAUGGACCCCCGGAGAACUUCCUUGAAAUUGAGGUCCGUAACCCUCAAACACAUGGCACAUCACGAAAUAUGUACACUUCAUACGAGAUCGUCUGCCGGACCAAUAUUCCUGCCUUUAAGCUAAAGCACUCUGUUGUGCGCCGCCGCUACUCGGAUUUUGAGUACUUCCGUGAUAUCCUCGAGCGAGAGAGUACGCGCGUUACUAUCCCGCCAUUGCCCGGAAAGGUCUUCACAAACCGAUUUAGCGAUGAUGUCAUUGAGCACCGUCGUGAGGGACUCCAGCGAUUCUUGCAGAUUGUAGCGGGACAUCCGUUGUUGCAGACAGGGAGCAAGGUGCUGGCUAGCUUCAUACAAGGUGGGCUCCUUCUUUUGGCUUUCUUGCUUUACGUUUCUGUCUUUCCCGGGGAACCUCUGGUUCAAUUGCCUUUGAAUUAUAAGGGCUUGUUUAUGGUCGUCAUUUACUAA